AUGGCCGAUAGCAGUCGUAGUGCGCCAGCGACGGAUGCGGGCAGCCCUGGUGAAAAGAAAGAAUUCAUUCUGAAUGCCUUUGAGAUGAACACUCCUGGGCACUUGGCCCCGGGAUUAUGGCGCCAUCCGAGAAACAAAACCGAUCAGUACAAGAAACUCUCUUUUUGGACCGACUUAGCACGAUUACUCGACAAUGCCGGUUUUCAUGCCAUGUUCAUCGCGGAUACUUUGGGUCCAUAUGAUGUUUAUAAGGGUCCUGCAAAUGUCGUGCCCGCCUUAGCAGCAGGAGCACAAUUCCCCGUUAACGACCCAUUGUAUCUGGUGCCUGCAAUGGCAGCGGCAACAAAAAAUCUGAUUUUCGGGGUCACUGCAAGCCUGACUUACGAGAAGCCAUACGCCUUGGCUCGAAGGCUUUCCACGGUGGACCAUCUCAGUGAGGGACGCGUCGCCUGGAAUAUUGUCACAUCCUAUCUCGACAGUGCUGCGCGAAAUCACGGACUGAAUGAGCAAAUUCCGCAUGACGAGCGAUAUGCGAUUGCGCAUGAGUAUAUGGAGGUGCUCUACAAACUCUGGGAGGGGAGCUUCCGCGACGAUGCCGUCUUAGCAGAUCGAGAACGUGGAACGUACAUCGCCAGUGAUGCCGUGCUACAGAUUCAUCAUCAAGGGAAGUAUUUCCAGGUUCCAGGGCCACAUUUCUGUGAGCCCUCUCCACAGCGCACUCCCUUCUUGUUCCAGGCCGGUGUUUCAGAGGCUGGUAAUGGGUUUGGAGGAAAACAUGGAGAAGCAAUCUUUAUCGGUGGCCAAACUCCGGAGGUUGCUCGGGUGACCGUGGAUAAUAUUCGCAAUGUCGCAAAGAAGGAAGGGCGGGAUCCGAAUCACAUUAAAGUGAUUCUUGGAAUCAAUGUGAUUGUGGCCGCUACCGAUGAAGAAGCCAAAGCCAAGCGGGAAGAAUACCUAGGAUAUGCCAAUCAGGAGGGUGCCCUGGCGCUUUUUGGCGGAUGGACAGGAGUUGACCUAUCGGGCUACGCCGAUGAUGAGGACUUCAGGUUGAGUGAUUCUCCACGCGUUCAGUCCAUUGUGCGGCGAUGGUCUGCUACAGUCCCCGGUACUGAUAACCUCCCAUGGACUAAGAAACGAAUUGCCGAAUAUAUCAGCGUUGGUGGGCUCCAAGCAAAGGUCAUUGGUAGUCCGUCGACUGUUGCAGAUGAGCUUGAGCGUUGGGUAGAGGUUUCGGGAGUCGAUGGGUUCAACCUAGCCCAUAUCACCAAUCCAGGCACCUUUGAAGACAUUAUUGAAUACCUACUGCCAGAGCUGCGGAAGCGGGGACGUUUCCGGAGCAAAGUAGCCAAGGAGGGUGCGACAGCAAGAGAAGUCUUUAUUGGAUCUAGGAGACUACCGGAAGACCAUCCUGGAAGCCAAUAUAAAUGGCGUGCUGGCGAGAAGAUACCUAGCUACCUGCGCAAGGAGGACAUACAGAAAUAAGGAUGCCAUGCAAAUCUCAAGUUUUCAGGUGACCACCUCAAUUACAAACAAUAGUAUGGCAAGUUAUCUGUAGAGGCCCGAACAGCUCCUAGAACAAUACGCAUGUAGGCGAUUG